AUGGCAGGUAAUCGCGUCGCGCCGCUACCGUGGCGGCUGACGAUAAUUUUCGGCGCACGCUUCGCUCUCCAGCAACCUUGCGCCUGGCAUUCUGCUGUUGCCCCCUCCGCCUCCCACCUCCCGCCUGCCGUUGCAUCUCAUUCCUCUUUCAUCUCAUCCCUUCCUUCGGACCCACUUCCCCACGCCUUACGCUCUCUCUUCCCUUUUUUCCGUGUCAACCCCUCCCUGCGCUCUCCAAUCCUUUUUGUCUCUCUCCCUCCCCCCUUCCAUUCCUCCCCGCGCCCCACCCCCACCCCCCUUCUCCCUUCUUUCCCCUCCCCCUCACCACUCCCCCGCUCCCCCCGGCAGUACAUCAGCGGCGCCAUUCUGUUCGACGAGACGCUGUACCAGUCGACGGCGGGCGGGGAGCAGUUCGUGGACGUGCUGCGCGCGCAGGGCAUCGUGCCGGGCAUCAAGGUGGACACGGGCCUGCAGCCCAUCGACGGCACCGACGGCGAGACCGCCACGCAGGGGCUGGACGGCCUUGCCGACCGCUGCAAGAGGUACUACCAGCAGGGAGCGCGGUUCGCCAAGUGGCGCGCGGUGAUCAAGGUGGACGACGCCAAGCACCCCACCUCGUGCGCCGUCGUCGAGAACGUCCACGGGCUCGCCAGAUACGCGCAGAUCGCCCAGGCGAACGGGCUGGUGCCCAUCGUGGAGCCUGAGGUGACUCUGGGCGACGGCGACUACAGCAUUGAGCGUACGGCCUAUGUGUCGGAGAUGGUCUACUCGCAUGUGUUCCGCAUGCUCAACGAGUACAACAUCAUCCUGGAGGGCAUUCUGCUCAAGCCCAACAUGAUCCUCCCAGGCCUUGACGCCCCGAACGCGUCUCCAGAGGAUGUGGCGCGCUAUUCGGUGCGCACCAUGCGCCGUUGCGUGCCUGCCGCUGUGCCCGGCGUGCACUUCCUGUCGGGGGGCAUGAGUGAGGAGGAGGCCACGAACAACCUCAACGCCCUGCAGGCUUAUGGCCCCCACCCCUGGUCGCUCACCUUCUCGUACGGCCGGGCUCUCCAGGCUUCCACCCUCAAGAUCUGGUCCGGCAAGCCGGAGAACAAGGCAGCGGCUCAGGAGAGGUUGGUGGCGCUGGCAAAGGCCAACUCAGAGGCUCAGCUUGGGAAGUACAAGGGCCCGCACCCAUCCCCCGGGGGGGGGCGCAUUCUCCAGGCCCUGCGCCUUGGCGGCGGUGCUGGAAAGUAA